AUGGGUGACUCGUUGGACAACACCGACACAUCGGUGGAUCCAACUGUGAACCUAUCUAUAGCCAACUACGAUGCUUUUGCAAAUUAUCUUCGCAAGGCGGUGACCAUUCUGCUGCCUGAAGAAGAUGUAGUGCCAGAGUCGCUGAAUAACGCCCUGGACGAUCCAGUUAACCAGGAUACUAUUCGCAAGUUCCUCUCCGAUCCCCAAGUGCAGGCGUUGUAUGUGCAGCGAAAUUGCAUUAAAGAGGAUAGCGAACCGGCGACUGAAAGCGAGGAGGAGAAGGAGCAGGUGACUUACCAAAUCAGCAACGAUGUGCAUUUUACCAACAGCCGCAUGGCCUCCCUGGCCUGCAUUAAGCGCGGCGUGGUCGUCGAAGCUGAUAAGUCUAUACACUCGCAAUUGCGUUUGAUUAACUUUUCUGAUGGCUCGCCAUAUGAGACGCUGCAUGCGUUCAUCAGCAAAUCCCUAGCACCGUAUUUCAAGUCCUACGUGAAGGAGUCGGGACGCGCUGAUCGCGAUGGCGAUAAAAUGGCACCUUCAGUGGAGAAGAAACUGGCAGAGCUGGAGAUGGGCUUGUUGCAUUUGCAGCAAAACAUUGACAUACCAGAGAUUACGCUCAUAGCGCAUCCAACUGUUAACCAAGUUAUCAGGUCGUGCGCCGAUGAGAACCGCAAGGCCAAGGUGCUCGACUUUGGUGACCGCGUGGAGGACUCUUCAUUCCUUAACCAACUGCAGAACGGUGUCAAUCGCUGGAUUACCGAAAUCAAAAAGGUGACCAAGCUGAAUCGUGAUCCCGGCUCAGGCACUGCGCUGCAGGAAAUAUCGUUUUGGCUUAAUCUGGAGCGCGCCUUGUAUCGCAUACAGGAGAAGCGUGAGUCUCCAGAGGUUGCCUUGACACUGGACAUACUCAAGCAUGGCAAACGUUUCCAUGCCACUGUGUCCUUUGACACGGAUACUGGAUUAAAGCAGGCUCUCGCUACUGUAGCCGAUUAUAAUCCGCUUAUGAAGGACUUUCCCAUCAAUGAUUUACUCUCCGCCACGGAGCUAGAAAAGAUUCGACCUGCUGUGCAGCAAAUCUUUCUGCAUUUGCGCAAGGUGCGCAACACCAAGUAUCCCAUACAGCGCUGUCUUAAGCUCAUCGAGGCUAUCUCUCGUGAUUUGUCUCAGCAGCUGCUUAAGGUCUUGGGAACGCGUCGUCUCAUGCACAUACCCUUUGACGAGUUUGAGCGUGUGAUGAAUCAAUGUUUCGAGAUCUUCAACUGCUGGGACGAUGAAUACGACAAGUUGCAGGGUUUACUCCGCGACAUUGUCAAGAAGAAGCGCGAUGAGCAUUUGAAAAUGGUCUGGCGUGUAUCGCCGGCUCAUAAGAAGCUGCAGACGCGCAUGGAGCAUAUGCGCAAGUUCAGGCGUCAGCAUGAGCAACUGCGCACCGUUAUUCUGCGCGUGUUGCGUCCCACCAAGCAGGCAGCCAAUGAUGAUAACAAUGCUGUAGAAACCAAGCAGCCCUAUAGCCUGGAUGCGGCUGAUGCCAAUGCUAUUGAGGAGGUUAACUUAGCCUAUGAGAAUGUCAAGGAGGUGGAUUGCCUGGAUAUAACCAAGGAAGGGUCAGAGGCCUGGGAAGCUGCCGUAAAGCGCUACGAGGAGAAGAUUGAUCGUGUUGAGACACGCAUUACGGCGCAUCUGCGCGACCAGCUGGGCACAGCCAAGAAUGCCAACGAGAUGUUCCGCAUCUUCUCACGCUUCAAUGCAUUGUUUGUGCGUCCGCAUAUACGCGGCGCCAUACGCGAGUAUCAAACACAACUUAUUCAACGCGUCAAGGACGAUAUCGAGGCACUGCACGAAAAGUUCAAGGUGCAGUAUCCGCAGAGCAAGAGCUGCCGCUUGUCCUCGGUACGUGAUUUGCCGCCUGUGGCAGGUUCCAUUAUAUGGGCGCGUCAGAUUGACAACCAGCUGACCAUGUAUCUCAAGCGUGUGGAGGAUGUGCUUGGCAAAGGUUGGGAGACGCACAUUGAGGGCCAGAAGCUAAAAGCAGAUGGCGAUAGCUUCCGUGCCAAGCUGUCCAUUGCGGAUGUGUUCCACGAAUGGUCGCGCAAAGUGCAGGAGCGAAACUUUGGCAGCACUGGACGCAUUUUCACCAUUGAAUCGACGCGUUCACGCAUUGGACGCGGCAACGUUUUGCGCUUGCGUGUCAACUUUUUGCCAGAGAUCAUUACGCUGGCCAAGGAGGUGCGCAAUAUAAAGAAUCUGGGAUUCAGAGUGCCGCUAACCAUUGUGAACAAGGCGCAUCAGGCCAACCAGAUAUAUCCCUAUGCUAUAUCCUUGAUUGAGAGUGUGCGCACCUAUGAACGCACGCUGGAAAAGCUUAAUAAUAGGAGUCUAGCACUUAAUUCAGUAUUCAAGAUUGAAGAUCGCGCUAGCAUUGUGCCACUCGUGGCUGGACUACGCAAGGAGGUUUUGAACUUGGUCUCCGAAGGCAUUGGCUUGAUCUGGGAGUCCUACAAGCUGGAUCCGUAUGUGCUGCGCUUGUCUGAAUGCGUAACGCAGUUCCAGGAAAAGGUCGAUGACUUGCUAGUUGUGGAGGAGCAGCUGGAUGUGGAUGUGCGCUCGCUGGAAACCUGUCCUUAUAGCGCUGCCACCUUUGUUGAGAUUCUGUCAAAGAUACAACACGCCGUGGAUGACUUAUCGCUGCGUCAGUAUUCCAAUUUAAGUGUUUGGGUAACGCGUCUGGAUGAGGAGGUGGAGAAGAAGCUUGCCUUGCGUCUGCAGGCGGGCAUACAAGCCUGGACAGAGGCGUUGACGGGCAAUAAGAAAGAGGUAGACACUUCUAUGGACACAGACGCGCCAGUUCAGCCCACGCACAAGUUGGGCGGUGAGCCGCAGAUUCAGAAUGCAGUGCAUGAGAUACGCAUCACCAAUCAGCAAAUGUAUUUGUAUCCAUCUAUUGAGGAGGCACGCUUCCAGAUUAUGCAGCAGUUCUUUGCCUGGCAGGCUAUCGUCACCUCGCAGGUGCGUCUGCAGAGCACACGUUACCAGGUGGGAUUGGAGAAGCCUGUGUCGCAGACCUAUCGCAAUCUGCUGGUCAAACUGCCUGAGGGCAAGAUCUUGGAGAAUGCCUAUGGCGCCAUUGACAACAAGGUGAGCGAGGUGCGCAACUAUGUGGAUGAAUGGCUGCGCUAUCAGAGUCUCUGGGAUCUGCAGGCAGACACGCUCUACGGUCGCCUGGGUGAGGAUGUCAACCUAUGGAUCAAGUGCUUGAACGACAUUAAGCAAUCGCGCACAACCUUUGACACGUCGGAUACACGUCGCGCCUAUGGCCCCAUUAUUAUUGACUAUGCCAAGGUGCAGGCCAAGGUCACGCUGAAGUACGACUCCUGGCAUAAGGAGGCGCUGGGCAAGUUUGGCACACUGCUGGGCACAGAGAUGACCACAUUCCACUCUAAGGUGUCCAAGUCGCGCACUGAUUUGGAAAUGCAGAGCAUUGAGGCUGCCAGCACUUCGGAUGCUGUAAGCUUCAUUACCUAUGUGCAGUCGCUGAAGAAGGACAUGAUUGCCUGGGACAAGCAGGUCGAAGUGUUCCGCGAGGCGCAGCGCAUUCUGGAGCGUCAGCGCUUCCAGUUCCCCAACAACUGGUUGCAUGUGGACAACAUCGAGGGCGAGUGGUCUGCCUUCAAUGAGAUUAUCAAGCGCAAGGAUACAGCUAUACAGACGCAGGUGGCCAGCUUGCAGGCCAAGAUUGUGGCCGAGGACAAGGCGGUGGAAACACGCACUGUGGACUUCCUUAAUGACUGGGAAAAGACCAAACCCACUGGCGGCAAGAUACGUCCAGAUGAUGCGCUACAGCAGCUGCAAAUCUUUGAGAGCAAAUACUCGCGACUCAAGGAGGAACGCGACAAUGUGGCCAAGGCCAAGGAGGCGCUGGAGCUGCAAGAGUCUGCCGUGCCCAACAACAGCGCUGAGCGCAUGAAUGUUGCCCUGGAGGAGUUGCAAGAUCUACGCGGCGUCUGGGGCGAGUUGAGCAAGGUCUGGACACAGAUUGAUGAGACACGUGAGAAGCCUUGGCUGUCGGUGCAGCCACGCAAGCUGCGCCAGCAAUUGGAAGCCAUGAUGGCACAGCUCAAGGAGCUGCCCGCGCGUCUGCGCAUGUACGAAUCCUACGAGUAUGUCAAGAAGCUUAUUCAAAGCUACAUCAAGGUUAACAUGCUGAUUGUGGAGCUGAAGUCGGAUGCACUGAAGGAACGCCACUGGAAGCAGUUGACCAAGCAGCUGCGCGUCAACUGGGUUAUCUCUGAUCUAACGCUGGGCCAAGUGUGGGAUGUGAAUCUGCAGAAGAAUGAAGGCAUUGUCAAGGACAUUAUACUGGUGGCUCAGGGUGAAAUGGCGCUGGAGGAGUUCCUCAAGCAGGUGCGCGAAUCCUGGCAGAGCUACGAACUGGACUUGAUCAACUAUCAGAACAAGUGCCGCAUCAUACGCGGCUGGGAUGAUCUAUUCAACAAGGUCAAGGAGCACAUUAACUCUGUGGCUGCCAUGAAGCUGUCGCCUUACUAUAAGGUGUUUGAGGAAGAGGCACUCACCUGGGAGGAGAAGCUCAACAAGAUCAUAGCUUUGUUUGAUGUUUGGAUUGAUGUGCAGCGUCGCUGGGUCUAUCUCGAAGGCAUCUUCUCGGGCAGCGCGGACAUUAAAGUGUUGCUGCCAGUGGAGACGUCACGCUUCCAGAGCAUUAGCUCUGAGUUCUUGGGUCUGAUGAAGAAGGUAUCCAAGUCGCCCAAGGUAAUGGAUGUGCUCAACAUUCCCGCAGUGCAGCGUUCGCUCGAGCGUUUGGCUGACUUGCUGGGCAAGAUACAAAAGGCGCUGGGAGAGUACUUGGAACGCGAGCGUACUUCCUUCCCACGCUUCUACUUUGUGGGCGAUGAGGAUCUGCUGGAGAUUAUUGGCAACAGCAAGAACAUUGCGCGUCUGCAAAAGCAUUUCAAGAAAAUGUUCGCCGGCGUUGCUGCCAUUUUGCUAAACGAAGAGAACAACGUCAUCUUGGGUGUAUCCUCUCGCGAAGGCGAAGAAGUGCACUUCAUCAAUCCCGUUUCGACUGUGGAGCAUCCCAAAAUCAACGAGUGGCUGUCGCUGGUGGAGAAGCAAAUGCGUUUCACCCUCGCCUCGCUCUUGGCGCAAGCUGUGCAGGACAUUAAGCAGUUCCGUGAUGGCAAAAUUGAUUCCGAGAAGUACAUGGAAUGGUGUGACAAGUACCAGGCACAGAUUGUAGUACUCGCAGCGCAGAUUCUCUGGUCUGAGGAUGUGGAGGCUGCUCUGCAGCAGGCUUCCGAGAGCAACAACUCCAAGCCCAUGCAGCGCGUCCUGGGCAAUGUGGAGAGCACUUUGAAUGUGCUGGCAGAUUCGGUGCUCAUGGAGCAGCCACCGCUGCGUCGCCGCAAGCUAGAGCACUUGGCUUCGAGCUUUGUGCAUAAGCGCACAGUGACUCGUCGCCUCAUUACCAAUGGCGUCACUUCGCCCAAGUCCUUCCAGUGGCUCUGCGAAAUGCGCUUCUACUUUGAUCCACGCCAGACUGAGGUGCUGCAGCAACUGACCAUACACAUGGCCAAUGCGCGCUUCUUCUAUGGCUUUGAGUAUUUGGGUGUGCAGGAUCGUUUGGUGCAGACGCCACUCACGGAUCGCUGCUAUCUGACCAUGACGCAGGCUUUGGAGUCACGUCUGGGCGGCUCGCCCUUCGGCCCCGCAGGCACAGGCAAAACAGAGUCUGUCAAGGCUUUGGGUAAUCAACUUGGACGCUUUGUGCUCGUCUUCAACUGCGACGAAACGUUCGACUUCCAGGCCAUGGGUCGCAUCUUUGUGGGUCUGUGUCAAGUAGGCGCCUGGGGUUGCUUCGAUGAGUUCAAUCGUCUGGAGGAGCGCAUGCUCUCUGCCUGCUCGCAGCAAAUUCAAACCAUACAGGAGGCGCUCAAGUAUGAAAUGGACAGCAACAAGGAAAGCAUCACCGUCGAGCUGGUGGGCAAGCAAGUGCGUGUGUCACCCGACAUGGCUAUCUUCAUUACCAUGAAUCCUGGCUACGCCGGUCGCUCCAAUCUGCCCGACAAUUUGAAGAAACUGUUCCGCUCAUUGGCCAUGACCACGCCAGAUCGUCAACUGAUUGCUGAGGUCAUGCUGUUCUCGCAAGGCUUCCGCUCUGCCGAGAAGCUGGCCUGCAAGAUUGUGCCCUUCUUCAAGCUCUGCGACGAGCAGCUGUCUAACCAGAGCCAUUACGACUUUGGUCUGCGUGCUUUGAAGUCUGUGCUAAUCUCAGCUGGCAACGUCAAGCGCGAUCGCAUCAUGAAGAUUAAGCAGGCGCGUCAGCAUGACGAGCACUUGGAUGAGACUGCGGUGGCUGAGAAUCUGCCAGAGCAGGAGAUACUCAUACAGUCGGUGUGCGAGACGAUGGUGCCCAAGCUGGUCGCCGAGGAUAUUCCGCUGCUCUUCUCGCUGCUCAGCGAUGUCUUUCCCAAUGUCAACUACACGCGUGCCGAGAUGCAGGGCCUGAAGGAGGAGAUACGCAAGGUGUGCCAAGAGGACUACUUGGUGUGUGGUGAGGGUGAUGAGCAAGGUGCCGCCUGGAUGGAGAAGGGACUCGGCUCCACAUGGGUCGACAAAGUGCUGCAACUGUAUCAAAUCUCCAAUCUCAAUCAUGGUCUGAUGAUGGUGGGUCCUUCGGGCUCUGGCAAAUCCACAGCCUGGCGCACGCUACUCAAGGCAUUGGAGCGCUUCGAAGGCGUUGAGGGUGUGGCGCAUGUCAUUGAUCCCAAGGCCAUAUCCAAGGAGGCUUUGUAUGGUGUACUGGAUCCCAACACACGUGAGUGGACCGACGGUUUGUUUACGCACAUUCUACGCAAGAUUAUUGACAAUGUGCGCGGUGAGAUUAACAAGCGCCAAUGGAUCAUCUUCGAUGGCGAUGUGGACCCAGAGUGGGUUGAGAAUUUGAACUCUGUGCUGGAUGAUAACAAGCUGCUGACGCUGCCCAAUGGUGAGCGUUUGUCACUGCCGCCCAAUGUGCGCGUCAUGUUCGAGGUGCAGGAUCUGAAGUUUGCCACUUUGGCUACUGUGUCCCGUUGCGGCAUGGUCUGGUUCUCGGAGGAUGUGCUCUCCACAGAGAUGAUCUUUGAGAACUAUUUGUCGCGCUUGCGCAGCAUUCCGCUGGAGGAUGGCGAUGAGGACUUUGUUGGCGUUAUGAAGCCCGCCAAGGACAAGGAGGAGGAAGUGUCGCCUUCGCUGCAAGUGCAACGUGACAUUGCCAUGCAUCUGCAGCCGUUCUUCUCCGGCGAUGGCAUUGUGGUGCGCACACUCGAGUACGCCAUGGAGCAGGAGCACAUCAUGGACUUUACGCGUCUGCGUGCUCUGAGCUCGCUCUUCUCCAUGCUCAAUCAGUCGGCUAGAAAUGUGCUUACAUUCAAUGCUCAGCAUCCCGAUUUCCCCUGCUCAGCAGAUCAGCUGGAGCACUAUAUACCCAAGGCAUUGGUUUACUCCGUGCUCUGGUCGUUUGCUGGCGAUGCCAAGCUCAAGGUGCGCAUUGAUCUGGGCGACUUUGUGCGUAGUGUAACGACUGUGCCGCUGCCAGGAGCUGCCGGCGCACCCAUUAUUGACUACGAGGUGAGCAUGAAUGGCGAGUGGGUGCCUUGGAGCAACAAGGUGCCAGUUAUUGAGGUGGAAACGCAUAAGGUGGCUUCGCCGGAUAUUGUGGUGCCUACACUGGACACAGUUCGUCACGAAUCGCUGCUCUAUACUUGGCUGGCGGAGCACAAGCCUUUGGUGCUCUGUGGUCCACCUGGCUCUGGCAAGACCAUGACGCUGUUCUCUGCGCUGCGCGCUCUGCCCGACAUGGAAGUUGUGGGCUUGAACUUCUCGUCGGCCACUACGCCGGAGCUGCUGCUGAAGACCUUUGAUCAUUAUUGCGAGUACCGCAAGACGCCCAACGGCGUGGUGCUCUCACCCGUGCAGAUUGGCAAGUGGCUGGUGCUGUUCUGCGAUGAAAUCAAUUUACCGGACAUGGACUCGUAUGGCACGCAACGUGUCAUCUCUUUCCUGCGCCAGCUGGUGGAGCACAAGGGCUUCUAUCGUGCCAGCGACCAGGCUUGGGUGUCGCUGGAGCGCAUUCAAUUUGUUGGCGCCUGUAAUCCGCCCACAGAUCCGGGACGCAAGCCGCUCUCGCAUCGCUUCCUGCGCCAUGUGCCCAUCAUCUAUGUGGACUACCCAGGAGAGACUUCACUCAAGCAGAUCUAUGGCACCUUCUCGCGUGCCAUGCUGCGUCUAAUGCCCGCUCUGCGUGGCUACGCCGAGCCGCUGACCAAUGCCAUGGUCGAGUUCUAUUUGGCAUCGCAGGAUCGCUUCACACAGGACAUGCAGCCGCAUUAUGUUUACUCACCACGUGAGAUGACACGCUGGGUGCGCGGCAUCUGCGAAGCUAUUAGACCGCUGGAUACGCUGCCAGUGGAGGGCUUGGUGCGUCUCUGGGCACACGAGGCGCUGCGUCUGUUCCAGGAUCGUCUGGUGGAUGACACUGAGCGUCGCUGGACAAACGAAAACAUUGACUUGGUGGGACACAAGCAUUUCCCUGGCAUCAACCAGGAGGAGGCACUGCAGCGUCCCAUACUCUACAGCAACUGGCUGUCCAAGGACUAUAUGCCUGUAAAUCGCGAGGAGCUGCGUGACUAUGUGCGUGCGCGCCUCAAGGUCUUCUACGAGGAGGAGCUGGAUGUGCCGCUCGUGCUGUUCGACGAGGUGCUCGACCAUGUGCUACGCAUUGAUCGUAUCUUCCGCCAGCCGCAGGGACAUUUGCUGCUCAUCGGUGUCUCUGGUGCAGGCAAGACAACGCUCUCGCGUUUUGUGGCCUGGAUGAAUGGCCUGUCCAUCUUCCAGAUCAAGGUACACAACAAAUACACCAGCGAGGACUUUGAUGAGGAUCUGCGCUGCGUGCUGCGUCGCUCUGGCUGCAAGGAUGAAAAGAUUGCCUUCAUAUUGGAUGAGUCUAAUGUCUUGGACUCGGGCUUCUUGGAGCGCAUGAAUACAUUGCUGGCCAACGGCGAGGUGCCUGGUCUAUUCGAAGGCGAUGAGUACACCACGCUGAUGACGCAAUGCAAGGAAGGUGCUCAGCGUGAGGGACUCAUGCUGGACUCCAGCGAUGAGCUGUACAAAUGGUUCACGCAGCAGGUGAUGCGUAAUCUGCACGUGGUCUUCACCAUGAAUCCAUCCACGGAUGGACUGAAGGAUCGCGCUGCCACAUCGCCCGCGCUGUUCAAUCGCUGCGUGCUCAAUUGGUUUGGCGACUGGUCUGACUCAGCGUUGUUCCAAGUGGGCAAAGAGUUCACUACGCGCGUGGAUCUGGAGAAACCCAACUGGAGCGCACCAGACUUUUUCCCCUCGGUCUGUCCAUUGGUGCCGGCCAAUCCCACACAUCGCGAUGCUGUCAUCAACAGCUGCGUCUAUGUUCACCAGACUCUUCACCAGGCCAAUGCACGCCUGGCCAAGCGUGGUGGACGCACAAUGGCGGUCACUCCACGUCACUAUCUGGACUUUAUACAUCACUUUGUCAAGUUGUACAAUGAGAAGCGCAAUGAUCUGGAGGAGCAGCAGCUGCAUUUGAAUGUGGGUCUCAACAAGAUUGCCGAGACUGUGGAGCAGGUGGAGGAAAUGCAGAAAUCGCUGGCGGUGAAGAAACAGGAACUGCAGGCUAAGAACGAAGCAGCCAAUGCCAAGCUGAAGCAAAUGUUCCAGGAUCAGCAAGAAGCCGAGAAGAAGAAGAUUCAAUCGCAGGAGAUACAAAUUCGUCUGGCCGAUCAGACAGUGAAGAUCGAAGAGAAGCGCAAGGACGUCAUGGCCGAUCUGGCCCAGGUGGAACCUGCUGUCAUCGAUGCACAACAAGCGGUCAAGUCGAUACGCAAACAGCAGCUCGUUGAGGUGCGCACAAUGGCGAACCCACCGUCGGUGGUUAAAUUGGCACUUGAAUCGAUCUGUCUGCUGCUGGGCGAAAAUGCAACAGAUUGGAAAUCCAUUCGCGCAGUGAUAAUGCGUGAAAAUUUCAUUAAUUCAAUUGUAUCUAACUUUGGUACCGAGAACAUAACCGAUGAGGUGCGCGAGAAGAUGAAGUCCAAGUAUCUGAGCAAUCCGGACUACAACUUUGAGAAGGUUAAUCGCGCCAGUAUGGCCUGCGGUCCUAUGGUUAAGUGGGCUAUAGCUCAGAUUGAAUACGCUGACAUGUUGAAGCGCGUGGAGCCGCUGCGUGAGGAGCUGCGUUCACUGGAGGAGCAGGCAGAUGUUAAUCUGGCUAGCGCUAAGGAAACCAAGGAUCUGGUGGAGCAACUAGAGCGCAGCAUUGCUGCCUACAAGGAGGAGUAUGCUCAGCUUAUUUCACAAGCUCAGGCCAUCAAAACGGAUCUGGAGAAUGUGCAGGCCAAGGUGGAUCGCUCGAUUGCGCUGCUCAAGAGCUUAAACAUUGAACGCGAACGCUGGGAGUCCACCAGCGAGACUUUCAAGUCUCAGAUGUCCACCAUCAUUGGCGAUGUGUUGCUGUCAGCUGCGUUCAUUGCCUAUGGCGGUUACUUUGACCAGCAUUAUCGCCUCAAUCUGUUUACCACCUGGUCGCAGCACCUGCAGUCGGCCAGCAUACAAUAUCGUGCGGAUAUAGCGCGCACCGAGUACUUGUCCAAUCCGGACGAGCGUUUGCGCUGGCAGGCGAAUGCUUUGCCCACUGACGAUCUCUGCACGGAGAACGCGAUUAUGCUCAAGCGCUUCAAUCGCUAUCCGCUCAUUAUCGAUCCUUCGGGUCAGGCAACUACCUUCCUGCUUAAUGAGUAUGCUGGCAAGAAGAUUACCAAGACUUCGUUCCUGGACGAUUCGUUCCGCAAGAAUCUGGAGUCGGCGCUGCGCUUUGGUAAUCCAUUGCUGGUGCAGGAUGUGGAGAACUACGAUCCUAUAUUGAAUCCAGUGCUGAAUCGCGAGCUGCGUCGCACUGGCGGACGUGUGCUCAUCACGUUGGGCGAUCAGGACAUUGAUUUGUCGCCCUCGUUUGUCAUCUUCCUGUCGACACGUGAUCCUACUGUGGAAUUCCCACCGGACAUAUGCUCCAGGGUUACCUUUGUCAACUUUACUGUGACGCGCAGCUCGCUGCAGUCGCAGUGCUUGAACCAGGUGCUCAAGGCCGAGCGUCCGGACAUUGAUGAGAAGCGCUCGGAUCUGCUGAAGCUGCAGGGCGAGUUCCGCUUGCGUUUGCGCCAGCUGGAGAAGAGUCUGCUGCAGGCGCUCAACGAUGCCAAGGGCAAGAUUCUGGACGACGACUCAGUUAUCACCACGCUGGAGACACUGAAGAAGGAAGCCUAUGAUAUUAACCAAAAGGUGGAUGAAACGGACAAGGUUAUUGCAGAGAUUGAAACUGUCUCCCAGCAGUAUCUGCCUUUGUCGGUGGCCUGCAGCAGCAUGUACUUCACCAUGGACAGCCUCAACCAGGUGCACUUCCUCUAUCAGUACUCGCUCAAGAUGUUCCUCGACAUUUUCUCCACGGUGCUGUACAACAAUCCACGCCUCGAAGGACGCAGCGAUCAUUCGGAGCGACUGGGCAUUGUCACUAGAGAUCUGUUCCAGGUGUGCUACGAGCGCGUGGCACGUGGCAUGUUGCACAACGAUCGCUUGACCUUUGCUCUGCUCAUGUGCAAGAUUCAUCUGAAGGGCACAGGCGAGUCCAACUUGGACACCGAGUUCAACUUCUUCCUGCGCAGCCGCGAGGGACUGCUGGCCAACCCAACACAUGUGGAGGGUUUGAGCGCCGAGCAGAUCGAAGGCGUUAAUCGCCUGGCUACGCGUCUGCCCAUCUUCCGCAAGCUGCUGGAGAAGGUCAAGGCCAUGCCGGAGCUUGGCGCUUGGCUGCAGCAGAGCUCUCCGGAGCAGUGUGUGCCGCAGCUGUGGGAUGAGUCCAAGGCGCUCAGCGCCAUCUGCAGCUCAGUGCAUCAGCUGCUGCUGAUUCAAGCCUUCCGACCGGAUCGCGUCAUUGCUGCUGCCCACAAUGUGGUCAACACCGUGCUGGGCGUGGACUUUAUGCCCAAUGCGGAGCAGGAGCUGGACUUUACCGCCGUUGUGGACAAGCAGCUCAACUGCAAUACGCCCGCUUUGCUUUGCUCCGUGCCUGGCUUUGAUGCCUCUGGACGCGUGGAUGACUUGGCUGCCGAGCAGAACAAGCAAAUCUCCAGCAUUGCCAUUGGCUCCGCCGAAGGCUUCAACCAGGCCGAACGCGCCAUCAACAUGGCCUGCAAGAGCGGCCGCUGGGUGCUGCUCAAGAACGUGCAUCUGGCGCCGCAGUGGCUGGUGCAGCUGGAGAAGAAGCUGCACUCGCUGCAGCCGCACUCGGGCUUCCGUCUCUUCCUUACCAUGGAGAUUAACCCGAAGGUGCCAGUGAAUCUGCUGCGUGCUGGACGCAUCUUUGUAUUUGAGCCACCGCCAGGCAUACGCGCGAAUCUGCUGCGCACUUUCUCCACCGUGCCGGCGGCACGCAUGAUGAAGACGCCCAGUGAGCGUGCACGUCUCUAUUUCCUGCUCGCCUGGUUCCAUGCCAUUGUGCAGGAGCGACUGCGUUAUGUGCCCCUGGGCUGGGCCAAGAAGUACGAGUUCAAUGAGUCGGAUCUGCGCGUGGCCUGCGAUACGCUGGACACUUGGAUCGAUACCACUGCAAUGGGACGCACCAAUUUGCCACCAGAGAAGGUGCCUUGGGAUGCGCUGGUCACACUGCUCUCGCAGUCCAUCUACGGCGGCAAGAUCGACAAUGACUUUGAUCAGCGCCUGCUGACCUCGUUCCUUAAGAAACUCUUUACGGCGCGCAGCUUUGAGGCGGACUUUGCCUUAGUGGCCAAUGUGGAUGGCGCCUCGGGUGGACUGCGUCACAUUACCAUGCCCGAUGGCACGCGUCGCGAUCACUUCCUCAAGUGGAUCGAGAAUCUAACCGAUCGCCAAACGCCCUCUUGGCUGGGUCUGCCCAACAAUGCCGAGAAGGUGCUGCUGACUACACGCGGCACGGAUUUGGUGAGCAAGCUGCUCAAGAUGCAGCAGCUGGAGGAUGACGAUGAGCUGGCCUACAGCGUCGAGGAGCAAUCGGAGCAAUCUGCACAGGCUGCAGUAGCGCGCAGUGAGGAUGGCCGUCCAUCCUGGAUGAAGACGCUGCAUAACUCGGCCACCGCCUGGCUGGAGCUGCUGCCCAAGCAGCUGAACACGCUCAAGCGCACAGUGGAGAACAUCAAGGAUCCUCUAUACCGCUACUUUGAGCGUGAGGUUACUAGCGGCGCGCGUUUGCUGCAGACUGUCAUCUCUGAUCUGCAGGAUGUGGUGCUGAUUUGCCAGGGUGAGAAGAAGCAGACGAACCAUCAUCGCUCCAUGUUGUCGGAGCUGGUGCGUGGCAUUAUACCCAAGGGCUGGAAGCGCUACACUGUGCCCGCCGGCUGCACUGUCAUCCAGUGGAUCACUGACUUUAGCACGCGUAUCCAGCAGCUGCAGAAGGUCUCGCAGCUGGUGUCGCAGGCAGGCGCCAAGGAGCUGCAAGGCUUCCCCGUUUGGCUGGGCGGCUUGCUCAAUCCGGAGGCAUACAUCACUGCCACCAGGCAGUGCGUGGCACAGGCUAAUAGCUGGUCCCUGGAGGAGCUCGCUUUGGAAGUAACCAUUACAGAUGUGGGACUGAAGACAGAUCAGAAGGAUAGCAGCUUUGGCGUCACAGGAUUGAAGCUGCAGGGCGCGCAGUGCAAGAACAAUGAGCUGCUGCUGACCUCCACCAUAAUGAUGGAUCUGCCAUUGACCAUACUGAAAUGGAUUAAGAUCUCUUCGGAGCCACGUGUCAGCAAGCUCACCUUGCCUGUCUACUUGAAUUCCACGCGUACGGAGCUGCUCUUUACCGUGGACUUGGCUGUUGCCGCUGGACAGGAUCAGCAUAGCUUCUAUGAGCGUGGCGUUGCUGUUCUCACCUCUACUGCUUUGAACUAAUUGCUUAGCAUAUAAAUUAUAUUUAUAACCAAUAUAUAUCCACUCUAUAAUGUAAUCCUUAACAGGUUUUGAAAACCUGCCCAUAUUAAUCACCAAUUUUCCAUUUUAAUUCAAAAAUAUAUAUUUCAUUUC